AUGUCCAACAGCAGCUCCAUCAGCCACUUCCUCCUGCUGGCAUUGGCAGACACGCGGCAGCUGCAGCUCCUGCACUUCUGCCUCUUGCUGGGCAUCUCCCUGGCUGCCCUCCUGGGCAACGGCCUCAUCAUCAGCGCCGUAGCCUGCGGCCACCACCUGCACACGCCCAUGUUCUUCUUCCUGCUCAACCUGGCCCUCAGCGACCUGGGCUCCAUCUGCACCACUGUCCCCAAAGCCAUGCACAAUUCCCUCUGGGACACCACCACCAUCUUCUACACAGGAUGUGCUGCACAGCUCUUCUUCUUUAUGUUUUUCAUAUCAGCAGAGUUUUCCCGUCUGACCAUCAUGUGCUACGACCGCUACGUGUCCAUCUGCAAACCCCUGCACUACGGGACCCUCCUGGGCAGCAGAGCUUGUGCCCACAUGGCAGCAGCUGCCUGGGCCAGUGGCUUUCUUAAUGCUCUUAUGCACACAGCCAAUACAUUUUCCCUGCCCCUGUGCCAUGGCAAUACCCUGGGCCAGUUCUUCUGUGAAAUCCCCCAGAUCCUCAAGCUCUCCUGCUCCAAAGCCUAUCUCAGGGAACUUGGGCCCAUUGCUGUUAGUGUCUGUUUAUCAUUUGGUUGUUUUGUGUUCAUUGUUUUCUCCUAUGUGCAGAUCUUCAGGGCUGUGCUGAGGAUCCCCUCUGAGCAGGGACGGCACAAAGCCUUUUCCACCUGCCUCCCUCACCUGCUUGUGGUGUCCUUGUUUAUCAGCACCGGUACGUUUUCUCACCUGAAGCCCCUGUCCAUCUCCUCUCCAUCUGUGGAUCUGUCAGUGUCAGUUCUGUACUCGGUGGUGCCUCCAGCCCUGAACCCCCUCAUCUACAGCCUGAGGAACCAGGAGCUCAAGGCUGCAGUGCGGAGACUGAUCACUGGAUGCAUUCAGGAACAUUAA